AUGGUUCUUUCACGCAUCAUUCUCACCGCUUUGCUCGCUCUUGGGAGCAUCACAGUUGCUCUCCCUGUUGUCCCUGGGGGUGGAGUCACUGGUACCACGCCAACACCUGGUUCAGGCGCUCGUCGUCUUCCUCGUAUGCAAGGCGAUGACUUGAAACCCAAUCUUGAAGCCGGUAUGAAGGGAUCGUCGAUUUCCCCGCUCGCAGGUGAACCGUCGUCGCCCCAUGGAGUUCCGCCACCAGGAUCAAGCCCCGAGGUUCCUUUUAAGAAAUUAAGCAAGCAAGAAUAUGAUGAAGAAUUGCGGCAAAAAAUAGCGUUGAUCAAAAAUUUCCCUAAUGUGCAUAACAACUACAAGGAAAUAGCAGACCGACUUUCUAAUUGCAUGGAGAUGGACAAGAAAAAACCUUCAAUUCCCUUAUCUGCAAUAAUAUUUCAUGAUACCGUGAACGUGUUCACCCUUGCAGAUGUAAUUCAGAAUUAUAUGAAGCCUCAGUCUGGCGAAGUAAAGAACCCAAAAAUUGAGAAACUCCGCAAAGCCUUCAAGGAAGGUGAUUACCCAGAAAACCUCCACAGCACAGAAUUUAUGAAAUAUGUCGUAUUUGAUUUCGGUGAACACGAUGAGUGA